AUGUUCAAGCUGGUGCUCGCCUCCUCCCUCGUGGCCAUGUGCCUGGCCUCGCCGAUCGCUCCCCUGCACCAGAACCCGGAAGCCUCGGCCCAAAUCCUGGCCUACGAGAACGUCCUGCACGACGAUGGCCACUACAACUGGGGCUACCAGACGAGCAACGGAAUCGCCGCCCACGAGGAGGGCCUCGGAGCGCACCAGGCCAACGGAGUGUUCUCCUACACCGGUCCCGAUGGCGUCCAGUACCGCGUCCAGUAUGUGGCCGAUGAGAACGGAUUCCGCCCCGAGGGUGCCCAUCUGCCAACCCCACCGCCGACCCCGGACCACGUGAUCAAGUCGCUGGAGCAGAUCCGUGCCAACCCACCCAAGUACCAGAAGGACUUUAGCCUGGAAGCCCUCGAUGCCACCAUCCGUCGGCUGAAGAACUAA